CAAGGGCCGGGUUCCGUGCUUGGGGGCUGAGGGGCAACGGAUUUUGUAUGAUCGAAGCACCGGCGCUUCCUCUUCUCGGUCAAGGCGGGGAGAAGAUCCUCGUAUUGCUACACUGCAGCGUGAACUGGAGGAGCACGAACGGCGAUGGGAGGAGCAGCGGAAAGCAGAUGAGGCCACAAAAGCCCGGUUGGAGGAGAUGGAACGGUACAUGCGUGCCGGAUUCCAGCCUCCGCAACAGCCUUUUCCUCCCCCGUACGUAUUCCACCCUGAGCAAACUCCUCAAGUUCCGCACAUGGGCGGUAUGGGAUUUUUCCCCAACUCCGGAUAUGGUGGCAUGCCUAUGAUCUCCCCGAAUUUCGGAUCUAUGUCCUUUGAUUUUGCGAGGUCAUCCGGAGGAGGUAGUGGCACACCGAGCCAUGGAGCCCGAGGAGGACCCCGAGGAGGACCCCGAGGAGCACCCCGAGGAGCACCCCGAGGAGGAACCCGACCUGACCCCGAAGACCCCCCCGUGAACCCAGAUGAGUUUCUUGUUGAUGAUGAUGAUGAAGAAGAAGAAGAAGAAAAUCCUAAUUUUUUUCAUAAUGGAGUCCCACGAAGGGACAUGUAAUCAUCAUACAUUUGUACUUUGUUGUUUGUCAAAACAUUUAAAAGUUUGUCAC